GUUUUAAAGAAGAAUAGAGGUGCUACAGAUGAUAAGAUCAUCAAGGCAUAUAAGAAAAAACAAGCUUCAGCUUUUAGUAAGUCUCAACUGAUGGUAAAGGUCAGGAAAACCUUAUCCGUUUCAUACGUUUGUCUUCGCAAAGAAGAUAGUGGUGGAUAUCCGCCUUGUUAUCCAAUUGCAGAUAUCUUGGCUAGACAAAGAAGGCUUAAUGAUGGAAUCAGACGAAAUGUUGACAUGAUCAAAGACACAAUGGAAGCGAAAAUGAAAGAAAUCAUUGUGCAACUUCCAUCUGAGACUGCAAAUGCUAAUGAUCCCAGCUAUUUCACAGAAUUGGGAAAUUUUGUAUCCAAAUACUGGAACUCGACAACAGCAUGUUUGAAAGGACUCUGGAGAAUUGAUAAUUAUGAAGUCAAAUCACAGUUCUUAUUUAUUUUUGAUGAAGUAAAGAUCCUGAAUGAAAAGAAGAAAGGAGAGAUCUGGAGCAACUUUGAGAUAUUGUGA